AUGACUUUUUGUGCUACAGCGUGCCCCAAUGGCUGGAACGCUUUCGCUCGUUCCGGUUACACCUGGUGCCUAAAGGUCAGACUUGAGAAUGCUUCAGAAUCAGCUCGAAUCUUAGGUCUUCGCUUUCAACGACGUCGAGUACGACAUCGCAGAACAGAAGUGCAUGAGGGAGAAGACUUUGCUCAGCGCUUUUGAGUCUGAACAAGAGUGGGAGUUUAUCAGAAGUAAGUCUCAUGGAAAUGAAGGCAAAAAGCAGUAAAAUAUAAAUUUUAAAUGAAAACGUGAUUUUAGAAGCUGUCUUUUGUGCUUCAAAAACCGACUUUGUAAUAGAACGAAGGGAUGUAUUUUAAAACAGUCUUAGGGACGCCAGAGUGGUCUCUAUAGGGGUUGGGGGAAAAAUAGUGCCUAUAGGGAUCACUCUGUCAUUGCUAUGUUUUUGACCCGAAAUCUUUCGGUUUUCUUUGAGAGAAAUGUGUAACAUGAAACUUUGACGAUGCUCAUCGGCAUCAGUUUUUUGAAAGUAUUCGCUUUAAACUCUCAAAAAAUUCACCAAGUCACCAAGAAAAAAAAAACUUGGAAAUAAGAAGCAAAGCACAUUUUUAACCUCUAGACGAAGCGAAAAGAAUGGGACUUUUCGGGGAAAUCUACGUCGGAAUCCGUCGAGAAAUCGGAUGUAUCAAAAUCCAGCAAGUCAGCCGAGAUCUCAAUGCCCAGUGCAGUAUCAAAACGGUUCUAUUAAUUCAUUUGAAAUGGAAUAUUUGGGACUUUAGGCCUUCAGACUGGAUCCUUUCACCAAGAACGACUAUUUCUACAACAAAUGGAACAGCGGGGAGCCCAGCGGCAGUGAUCAACGACGGGCCUACGUUGUCAACCUGUUAGUGAUAAAAUAAAAAAAUUAUUUAGUAGAAAAUCAUAUCAGUUCAUUUUUUUAUAUUUAUAUAUAUAUUUAUUUCAUUCACAAGGAGAAUUUUUCAUUGAGAUUCAUUUUAGAAAAAAACACUUCUGAAAUCAUUUUUUUAGAGUAACAGCCGUCUCAAUGAUAAUUUCCAACGACAACAGACAUGGUUACCUCAAAGAGACCUUGUAAGUUUGAAACAAAUUUUGGUUAGAUUUGAAAAGAAUUUUCUAACGACUUUUUUCUGGCAUAAAAUAUGGUUUUUUUGAAAGAGGGGAAUAAAAAAAUUGCAAAAAAAUAAGUGAAUAAAGCGGAGAAAAAAAAUAAUCUCAGAAAAAAAUUUUUCGCAUCUUUUUUUAGGGACUCAUUCAGAGGUUUUUUUAAAUCGUUCGAAAAAAAUUUUUUUCAGAUUUUGCCUCUUAAUUUUUCCUUAUCUCACAUUGCAGUUUUUAAGGCCUUUAUUUUAAUAAAAUAUAAUAAUAAAUGAAAGUAAUUCAUUAGUUCCAUUUAUGGCAUGUUCAACAUGAUUCCGCGAAAUGCUAAAUACCCGUUAGAAAAUUUAAAACAUAACUAAAUUUUGGAGAGUCAGAGAUAAUUUUGCAUUUCGCGGGAAUUAGUCUGAACACGGCAUAAUUUUGACUACACAGAAGUCAGACUGAAAAAUUCGGUCGGUUCGGUCGCUUUUUUAUGAUGCCUAUUUUUUGAAGUUUUCAAAUUUUGAAAGUUUUUUUUUGGCCUUCAUAAGAUGUUACGGUUCAAAAGCACCUAUUUCUUCACCAGUUUUGAACUCAGUUUUCGAAAAUUUGGUCAUUAAAUUUACAAAUUUCACUCUCUUUUUCUAAACCUUUCUAUUUUCGCCAAAAAUGUGCUCUCAAAUCUUAAUUAACACUAUUUCGCACUCAACAUAUUUUUGAUUUCCGGUCAAUUUAAAAAGGUUGACAUGAAAUUUAUUGGAAAAAAUACCAGAUUUCCUACUUUGGGCUGUCAACUUUUGGUUUUUCGAAACUGAAAAUCUAACCGCAAUCGAGAAUUCAACGCAUUUUGGACACUCAAACAGUUUAGAACUAAAAAAAACUUCAAAGUUUUCAAAAAUGGUCACUUUAAAGAAGCGUAAGGCCCGACCGGCUUUUCCAGCAUGCCUUCUGAAAAUGACAAGAAAUUUCAGCAAACGACGCUGGGAAUCCGACUUGAAAUACGACCCUCGUGGUUUUGUCUGUGGUACCAAGGCCCGUUGA